CUUGGGCCGUGUGCAAAUGUGGCCAUCGAAGACCUUGACAGGUGUGUUCCUUUAAAGAACAUGGGGCAUUCAAACGUGAAAAAAUACUGUCCAGAAUAUCCUACCUCUCAACACGCCACCCUGACUUCCUAUUCGAGGACCUGUGGGGACAGUAUCACCUACAAGUGUAACAGUGAUCGUUGUUACCUUGAGGAAUACGUAAACGUGACGUGUAACGCUAACGGGCAGUGGUCCUCAGUCACGGCCACGUGUACCCUUAUGUCAGAAAACAGCCUUAGGUUAUUGGACGGAGCCACACCGAACAGAGGCCGGGUACAGAUAUGUCAUAAUAGUAUCUGGGGCACAGUGUGUGAUCAUAGCUGGGACACGAAUGACGCCCUUGUUGUGUGUCGACAACUAGGAUACAGUGGGGGACAGCCUUUCGUGGGCGCCGUGAGCUCAGGACAAAUUUGGCUGCAUUUGGUGUCGUGUACUGGAACCGAGAGUUUUCUAGCCAGCUGUUCACACGAUGGCUGGACAGACCCACAUUGUGUCAAUGUAAACAGCGAUGGUGCUGGUGCUAUUUGUGAUCCAUAAGACAGACAACAGAUGACAAAGAAUCGUCUAAUACCUGUCCAUUGUGUCUGAAGAUUUGUACAACAGGACUUUGUAGUCUGAAAUGACGUCCGUCUAAUACCUGCCCAUUGUGUCUGAAGAUUUGUACAGCGGGACAAUAUAGUCUGAAAUGACGUCCUUCUAAUACCUGUCCAUUGUGUCUGAAGAUUUAUACAGCAGGACAAUGUAGUCUGAAAUGACGUCCGUCUAAUACCUGUCCAUUGUGUCUGAAGAUUUAUACAGCAGUACUAAGUUGGCUAAAAAUGGGAACGUGCAUGGAACAAUAGCAUCAUAAUAAAUGUGUCUUUAGUUAGAAUGUGGUUGACUCUCGUCUCCAACUUGAAAAACACCUUAUAUUAUAAAACAAAAGAUUGUGAUGAUCAAACAAAGUAGAUAAGUUUGAAAUGUCCUCUACAAUCAUAUACCAUUUGAAAAUCACAUGUGAUUUUUACUCUCAUUUGAGUUCAUUGCAAUGUCACCGGGUUCAAUCGUAUUGACAGGGCGCCGGUGCUUACACCUGGGUGUCGAUGAAUUUUACACCCGGGCAACGAUAAUUUCUAUAGAAAAUGAACGCCGAAGACGGGAUCGGAAGAACGGUUGAGGUGCAAAGUCCGCGAUCGGAAUGACUGUAAAUCUCGCAGUUUAUCGGAAUUAUAUAUUUUGACAUCAUCAAGUCUUGCUGGAUUGAUUGGUAUCAGUUGAAUAGGAAAAUUAGACAUUUCCUUAUUUUACACCUGUGGCAACGAAGACGCUCUGGAGCUUUACACCCGGGCGCCGCGAUUUGCUGACGUGGUAGUGAUAUAAAAAUUACCAGAGUUGGCUUUUUUGUAGUUAUGCUGCUCGAUGAAUACGUGACAGUUCAUUCACGGACGGGCCUCUUUAAAGGGUCGAGGAAACCGAAGUAAACACAGAAAAACCUAACUACGUUUUUUCUGAAUUCAGCAAAAGUCUUACCACAAGUCCUUUAUCAUGUGCACAUGUGGAUUGUACAUAUUCAUGUU